AAUGGCAUCCGCUUCACGUCAUUGUCAUCCUUUCGCCAUAAACAUUUCAGAAAGAUGGCACCCGCCGCAAAGAAGAAAUCGAACCCAAGGAACUACGACCUGGGUAACGGAAUCGUCAGAUUCUCCAGGUCAAAAGUUUACCACAAAAAGGCCCUUUACAAGUUUGUUGGUAAAAAAGUUGCUGCUCAGAAGAAGCCUGCCAAACCAAGGGUUGUUGAAAAGCAAAUCGGAGGUGAGAAAAAUGGAGGGAAACGUUUCGUUUUGGUGCAAAAACGUAGGGCCGUGUAUCCAACACAAGACAAGAUUGCAAAGAGGCCAGCUAAACAACUAUUCAAAAACCACCAAAGGUACUUGAGGCCCUCAAUCACCCCCGGAACUGUCUUAAUUUUGCUGGCUGGUGGACACAAAGGAAAAAGGGUUGUUUUCCUUAAACAAUUGAGUUCCGGUCUACUUUUAGUUACUGGACCUUUUGGUAUCAAUGCCUGCCCUCUGAGACGUAUCAGUCAAAGGUAUGUCAUUGGGACAGAAACCAAAAUUGACAUUAGCGGUGUCAAAAUCCCAGAGACUAUCAAUGAUGAAUACUUCAGAAGGCAAAGGCAAAAGAGGGCAAAGAAAGAGGAAGGAGAUAUUUUCCAGAAGAAGAAGGAAGGAUACAAAGUAAGUGACACCAGGAAGGCUGACCAGAAGGAAGUUGACAAACAAGUGAUUGCAGCCAUCAAGAAACAUGCCGACAGGAAACUUCUUGUGGGAUAUCUCGCUUCUAUGUUUGGACUGAGGUCGAGCCAAUACCCACAUAGGCUAAAAUUCUAGAGUUUUUAAGUUACUAAACCACAGUUUAUUGCCAGUGUUGUUGUACAUUAUUUGUUCAAUAAAUUGUGGAUUUAUAAAAA